AUGGCUACUUUAUUUCGUGGGAUUUUACAUAAAAAAGUACUUAGCAACUUUUUAAAAACUAAUAAUUAUAAACAGAUAAAUAAUUUAAUACUUAAUAAUUUAUCACAUCGAAAUACAGCAUUCACACAAAGAUCAGGUUUUCAUAAUUUGACAAAAACAAAUAAUGCUACAGUUGUAACAAAUCAAAUACCUUCACAAUCAACUUUGGACACACCACCUUCACUUGAACCAAAAAUUUAUCCCCAAAAAAAUAAUAUGGACAACAAUUUAAAUAAGAAAGGUACAAAUCCUCCAUUAAGUUUUCCAUGUAUAGAUAAAAAUCAAUUUCGCACUUUGUCAUUGGAUGGGGGCCCUGAACCCAAUUAUGAAAAAAUCAUUACGGGAUACAAAACGUUUCAUUAUGAUAAAUCAUUUAUUUGUGAUUAUGGAGGGAUUUUACCUGAACUUGAUAUUGCAUAUGAAACUUGGGGUGAACUGAAUGAGAAGAAGAGUAACGCUAUUAUUAUUCAAACUGGGUUAUCAGGAAGUAGUCAUGCUAAGAGCCAUGAAAAAAAUACUCAUCCUGGAUGGUGGGAGAACUUCAUUGGACCUGGACUUUCAAUCGAUACCAAUAAAUUUUUUGUUAUUUGUACAAAUGUUAUUGGUGGAUGUUAUGGUUCAACUGGACCAUCAUCAAUUGACCCAUCGGAUGGAAAUCGAUAUGCAACCAGAUUUCCUAUUUUAACAAUAUUUGAUAUGGUCCGUGCGCAAUUUUUAUUAUUGGAUUAUUUAGGAAUUGAUAAAUUGUAUGCUAGUGUUGGUAGUAGUAUGGGUGGAAUGCAAUCGAUGGCAUCAGUGUGGUUAUAUCCGGAACGUGUGUCACGAUUAAUAAGUAUAUCAGCAUGUGCAAGGUCACACCCAUAUUCUAUAGCACUUAGACAUACACAAAGACAAGUAUUAAUGUCUGAUCCUAAUUGGAAUAAGGGGUUUUAUUAUAACUCAAUACCACCUCAUGUUGGAAUGAAGUUAGCACGUGAAAUUGCUACAAUAAGCUAUCGAUCAGGUCCAGAAUGGGAACAAAGAUUUGGUAGGAAAAGGUCAAAAGAAGAUCAAACACCUGCACUAUGUCCUGACUUUUUAAUUGAAACAUAUCUUGAUCAUCAGGGUGAAAGAUUUUGUUUACAAUAUGAUCCAAAUUCAUUAUUAUACAUUUCAAAAGCAAUGGAUCUUUUUGAUAUGUCAGCUUCUACAUUAGAUAUUCUGUCUAAACAACGAGAAAAAACAAUUAAAGAAAUAUCAAACCGUGGUGAUAUUUCUUCUCCUAUCAAUCAUAACAAUAAUUCAGUAUGUACUGUUAGUAGUGAUGGUGAUGGCAAUAGUAAUACAUCACAACAAUCAGCAUUAAAACAAUACCCUACAUCUCCUUCAUCUUCAGAAUCUAAACGGAAGCAUAUUUCAUCACUAGCUACAUCAAAAGGCAAUUUUGAAAUUGAAGAUUUAGUUCAAGGAUUAUCAAAAAUUAAAGUACCAUCAUUGAUACUUGGUGUUCAAUCUGAUAUUUUAUUCCCAUAUUGGCAACAAAAAGAAAUUGCUGAAUGUUUGAGAAUAGGUGGAAAUGAUAAUGUGACAUAUUAUGAAUUGGAUUCCAUGUAUGGACAUGACACAUUUUUAAUUGAUUUAACAAAUGUUGGUGGUGCUAUCAAAGGACAUUUGGAAUUUGGUAGUUAG